GCGCAAGUGUUUACGCUGCUCUCUUUACACACCAAACCGUUUCCCUGUCACGUCCUCUGCAGCAGAGAACUCCUCUCAAAGUUGAAUUUUUUUUUAUCUUGUUGGAAGCGUCUUCUUCGACUCGAGAACAUCUUUCAGUCGUGAAGUUGGUGGAAACAAGGUGUUUAAUAUCCAUCCUGCUCCCUCCUGAGUGACCUCCUCCCUCCUCCUUCCUUCCCACCCUUUGACUUUUUGACACCCUAAUCCGUGAUGUCCUCUCAGGACGCGCCCAUUCAGGGGUCACCACCAGUGACCCCCCCACCGGCCUCCGCAGGAUCCCCACGUUCUCCACUGUCACCAGAUUCGCUGCAGCCUCCAGCCUGCAGACACAGAGACCGCUCGCCUUCCCCCAUGAGAGGCUACCUCAUCCCCAGCCCUCUGCCCACACGCAGAAACAGGACCUGCUCAGCGACGGCUCGUGCAUCACAGGGUCCGGUGUUCACUGGUGUGUGUAAAUGUUUUUCCCGCUCCAAAGGCCAUGGCUUCAUCACACCAUCCGACGGGGGCAAAGACAUUUUUGUCCAUAUCUCAGACAUCGAGGGCGAGUAUGUGCCAGUGGAAGGCGACGAGGUGAGCUACAAAGUGUGCUCCAUCCCUCCCAAAUAUGAGAAGGUCCAAGCGGUGGAGGUGACCAUAACCCAUCUCAAACCGGGAACUAAACAUGAGACCUGGGCUGGACACAUCAUCAGCAGCUGAACGCUAACCCACUAGAGGGGCAGGCUGGGUCAAAGAGGCCAAGGCGGGUGGGAAGGGUGAUACAGAAGAAUUUGGGGCAGUGGUGUGUGGGUGUGUGUGUGGAAGGGUUAACAGGGAGUACUGGAUGAUCGGAUUGGGAGAAUUGCUGGAACAUGAGUACUUAUAUUUUGGGGUAAAUAAAUAGGUGAUUACAGUGGAAGAGAUGUUUAUCACAGACUUAUGACAUUAAGGUUUCAUGUUUAGAUUUUUAGAUCACAUGUGAUGAGAUUUGGUGCAUUGUUUGAAAUUGUACUUUGUUCAAUGAGGACAUUAAUUUCAGCUGCAAUUAUUACUAAUGUGGGGAGUGUUCUAGAACAGUUGCAGGACGAGCACACGUGCGACAUUGUCCAGCACCAUGGGAUUGUUUUCCAGGUAUACUGUGUGUGCCUACUUCUACCCAGAGAACUGACCGCUCUGUUUGUGCCUACUUAUACCAAUCUAUCAUCUGUAUUCGAUCGUGUUGGGUGGGUAUUUGAAUGAAUUAAAGCAUUCUUAACCAAUACA